UAAAUAGGAUGAACAUCUUCAAACGAAAACGAGAUUCUAAAGAACAGGAACUUAUAGAUACACAAAGGGAGCCUAAAAAGCUGAGAACUGUUGUUUCACUUGUGAGAAAAGUUGGGGACACUGUGAAACAGAAGUUGAAUGUGGCUCUGAAGGCACUAACAUCGAGAACAUAUUCACAGGAUGUAAAGUCAAUCUUAUUCACCACCCCUGCUGGCCCAAUGAGGUCUGCAAGAUACAUCAUGACACCAGCAGUUCCAUUCAGUGCUGCAAAGUCAUCUCUUGAAUGGAGGAACCAUUCUUACUAUGUUUUAGACAGCACCAUUAGUGUGACAGAGAGCCAUCAUCAUGAGUUUAAAACUGGUGGAGGAAGCUACCCAAUUACAAUACUACCAGAGCAUAUUCAGAAGUAUGGAAGUGCUUUUUUGAACACAGAUGGUGGUGUACUUAUUGCAGGAGUCCUCGACAAUG